UCAGGGGCAUGUAUGGAAAUGGAAGACUUUCAUUACUGUAACCCUUCUCAGUUAUUAUUAAACUACAGUAAGGAAACUCAUAGUUGAGGUUCUUCCGUAUUUGCGUCGCUUGCAUACCUGCAUGUUCAUCAUCAUCCCUCAUUUGCAUACUGUCUACUUUCGCUUCCUCGACGGGAGUUGAUCAGCUUGAUCACGUCCUGUCACGAUCAUGACCAACAGCGUCGAAGACCAAACGCAUGUUUCGCGAAAAGACGUGUUCGUUAAGUAUCUACAGUACUACGACAGAGUCUGUUGUGAAGGCGACGUGAAAGUGUGCUCAGAGACAACGGUGACAGAUGAAGCCAGGCGAGUGCUGCUGUUACCGGGAGAAGAGCCGCGGAAGAGACUCGACGCGCCGCACUUCUACGAGACUCUGUGUGAGUGCGCACAGUACAGAGACUGCCAGAGACGAGUCCACGACUUGAAAAAAGCCGUCGAGUUACUGGAGAUGUUCUGUGUCAACCUGUUUUUGUUUCCGUGGAAGAAAGAGAUUAAAACCGUAAAGACAUUUACAGGACACUUUGUCUAUUACAUCAAGCCAGUAUUGCCUUUUGCCAGAAGUAUUCUUCAGAUUAUUGGAUACUGCAUAGAAACAGACACUGAGUAUAGACUAUCAGACAAUUUUGACCCUGACAAGGCCAAGAGUAUGGGAUUCGACCUUUUCCUUGUCAGGUUAGAGUGUGAGAAUCUUCUUGAGCUCAUGAACCAGAGAUCACAUGUAGAAUGUCUGGAGAUCAUCCGAACAAGAGCUGCUCCUCUGACCCUUGUUGCUGGGGAAGAAGCUUCAGAACCUAUCAGCAACAUCUGCAAUCUAAACGAGGAUGUUUUUAAGGAUGAUGGGCAUGUUGAAGGUGGCUCACUGGUAAACCCAGGGGAAGAGCAGCAACAGGAGUCACUUAAAAGUCAUAACUUCAUUGAUCAGGGAGUCGACAAGUCUCAAGAUGCUUCUAUCUCUGAUGUUGAGAGACCGCCCAACUCAUUUAUGACUGACGACAAGUCUAUCUUAGAGAUGCAGAAGAACUACCCAGACCUGGCCAUCCGACAAAAGCCCAUUUUCCGAAAGUCUCAAAGAUCUAUGCAGCCUCUCAAGGCCCAGGAGUGGGCUGGAUCCAGGGGCCUCAACGCAAACCCGUUCCCCGAGGCCAUGACUGACAUGAGCGGCCCCCAGUCUAUAGCCAUGCACACUGAGACCACGGCAGGCCAUAGAAAACUACACAUCCCAAAUGCUCUAGUAGAAGCCCAGCCCUCAGAUGACAAACCAUUGGUUCUUCAAGUCGGGAAGCUGCUGCAAAGACGCAGCCGUGAAGGCUCAUCAGAAGACUGCCUGGCUGAGCUAACUGAGCAAAUGGGGAAAAUGCACAUGAAGGAACUCAGUGCAGAUGAAGUGCUUAAAUACCCCAUAGAGGAGACCGCACAGGCCCAGCCAUGCACUGGACCCAAUGACGUCUUUACGGCUCCACCCACAAAAUCCUCAGAUGGCAUGAGCCUGUCCAUCCUGUGCAGCUCAUCCCAGGAGCCUGUCUGCAACAUCACAGGUUGUAGGAGCAGUGUUGCAUCUGAUGGCAUUUGUGCACAGGACAGCCUCAUUAAAGAGCCUCCUCAGUCAAUCUACAUCCCUAGUGCACUAAAUGCCUGUCAACCAGUGUUUGGACCACCAACUGACCACAAUGAGGGCUCAAACGGGCACAAGAGUCCCACAAUUCAGCAACCAGAAGACGACCUAGUCCAAACAUAUGUGCUGAUUUAGAGACACACAGUCCUGUGUUUUUCAAAUCCAUUGGCAGAGAUUUUAAAGUGUACUAGACUGCAGCAGUGCACCAAAAUAUCUUUGUGCUAGUCAUGAUGUGCAAAGCAUUUUCACUGAUGAGGAGUAACUUGUUCUAUUGAUUUCAGAUUAGCUUUAGUAACUUACAGUUUGUAGGAAGAACAUCUGUUGCCUUUGUCUUUAACUUCUAUCAUAGCUUUUUGAAAUGAAGGAACGUUUCUUGCUGCUAUAAUUUUCAUGAACCUGCUUGGGUCGAAUUUAUUAUUACAGCUUGAUUUUCUAAGUAGGCCUUCUGUGCCUUAUUAAAUGUAGAGACAAGUAAAUGUGCACUUUAACACUUAAGUGUUGAAAAUGGUGUUCAGGCCUUCAUUUAUAAAAUGUUUGUACGCACAGAGUGUAAGCUAAAAUUCAUGCUUACAUUAAGAUUUGUAAAAACGUGUCUUUAACAUGUCUUUAACAUGGAAAAGUGCUUAGUGCCAUGUCAGGUUCUAAUCAUGUGUACACACUUAGUUUUUUUCUUGUAGCAGAA